CUGGGCGCGUGUUCUGGAUCGCGUAGUUUUGCUCUAUCCAACGCACCCGCUUUCACCCUCUGCGGCCUUGGGAUUGCUGAGAUAUCGUGCUGACCAUCUCCCACAGCCGCGUCCAUCGUGAUGCCCUCUACAUCGGGCCAUGUCGCCUCUCUACCCUACACGAAUGGUCAUUUGUCACCUCUCGCGGUUCACAUGACGUCUGCAAACAGCCCGUCCCAGCACAGCGACAGCGAUCUGUCCGACGCCAAAGAGCUUGCCGCAGUCGAUCCAUCCUCCGAUGCCGACGCGCCGGGCGAGGAAUACGACGAAGAUGAGGUCAUGGCAGUCGCUUCAGACUCGUCUGAGGAUGUGGACGCCGAGGGCGAGCCAGACGGCGAUUACGACUCUGACUCACCGCCAUCCGACCACGCAGAGAGCGACCGCGCCCGCAGCUCUGUGUCGCAGGAGUCGGACAGACCACUGAAGCGGAAAGCAAGCGCAGACAAGGACGACUAUAUAACACAGAAUCCCGAACUAUAUGGUCUGCGUCGCAGCGGUCGUGCCCGCCCUAGUCGUCGUGUCGUCGAUAGCAGUGAUGAGGAGGAUGAUUCUGGUUCUGACCAGCCUCGCAAGCGACAGAGGACAGCCUCGCGUAAAACCUCAAACCAACCGACACCUGUAUUUAGGUCGACCAACUCCGACUCCGAGUCAGAUGGCUACGUUGGCGCCCGCAGAAACAUCCCGACCAAGAAGGAACGCCAACGUCAGCAUCUCGUAGCUGAGGGCCAUCUACCUCCCUCUCAGGCUGAGGUACGAUUCUCUGCUCGUCGCACAGCGCAAGUCACAAACUACAAUGAAGACGAGGAAGAAGAUCCCUUCGAGGAAGAUGACGACGAAACAACGCCGAGCUACUGGGUGACUGCGACGGAAGAGACUGGCCCCAUCAUCGACAAGAUUUUGGAUCACCGACCGAGGGAUGGAACAGAACUUGAUCCUUACUACGCCCAGAAGAAAGAUUUCGAAUACCUGAUCAAAUGGCAGGAUAAGGCCCACUACCACUCUACAUGGGAGGACUACCAGAAUGCAGCUACUUACAAGGGCUGGCGAAAGCUGGACAACUACUUCAAGGGUCCUGUCAUGAGCGACUUGUACUUCUAUGCACGCAAGAAGAAGGAGCCGGAAGAAUUCGAGCAGCACAUGGUCGCGCGUGAGGCUGAGCGCGAGAGCCAACUUGACUUCCAUGUCGUCGAGCGUGUCAUCGACUCGCGAGACGGCGAAGACGAGACGGACUACUACGUCAAGUGGAAAGGCUUGACUUAUGAGUUCUGCACUUGGGAGCCUGCCUCUCUUGUGAGCCGCUUAUCACAAUCCGAGAUCGACCGCUUCCUUGAUCGCUCGUCGAAUCGACCCUCCUCAGACACCCGCGAAUCGAACCUUAACACUCGGAGGAAAUUUGUCAAGCUAGAUGAGCAGCCUGAUUACAUUCAGUACGGCAAGCUAAGGGCCUUCCAACUCCAAGGAGUGAAUUUUUUGGCACACAACUGGUGUAGAGGGACCAAUGUCAUUCUGGCCGACGAGAUGGGCCUCGGCAAAACCGUGCAGACCGUUGCGUUUAUGAACUGGCUGCGGCAUGAUCGGCGACAGGAUGGUCCCUUCAUUUGCGUAGUUCCUCUGUCAACUAUGCCUGCUUGGGCCGACACCUUCAACAACUGGACGCCAGACGUGAAUUAUGUCAUCUAUACCGGCAGGGAGGAUGCUCGAAGUACCAUACGAGAAAAGGAGCUUCUCAUCGAUGGAAACCCAAAAAGGAUCAAGUUCAACGUCCUGUUGACCACGUACGAGUACGUUCUUGCCGAUUGGCAGUUUCUGUCUAGCAUCAAAUGGCAGUUUCUUGCUGUCGACGAGGCCCACCGGCUGAAGAAUCGCGACUCGCAACUCUAUGAGAAGCUUCUAGGUUUCAGCGCUCCUAGUCGCCUUCUGAUCACCGGUACUCCUAUCCAAAACACGCUCGGGGAACUUUCUGCCCUAAUGGACUUCCUCAUGCCUGGCAAGAUCUCUGUCGAUGAGAAUGUCGAUCUUGCUUCAGAGGAUGCUAGUUACAAGCUUGCCGAGCUCAGUGCAGCCAUCCAACCCUACAUGAUUCGGCGUACCAAGGAGAAGGUAGAAAACGAUCUACCUCCCAAAUCUGAGAAGAUAUUGCGCGUCGAGUUGUCUGACAUUCAGCUGGAAUAUUACAAGAACAUUCUCACACGCAACUACGAAGCUCUCAACGAUGGUGGCUCUGGUCACAAGCAAUCACUCUUGAAUAUCGUCAUGGAACUCAAGAAGGCCAGCAACCACGCUCUACUUUUCCCGAACGCUGAGGCCAAGUUUUUGAAGGAGGAUGCUACCAAAGACGAAACUUUGAAGGCCCUCAUCACUACGAGUGGAAAGAUGAUGCUGCUGGAUCGCCUUCUUGGCAAACUCAAAGCAGACGGUCACCGCGUCCUCAUCUUUAGUCAGAUGGUUCACAUGUUGGACAUCUUGACUGACUACCUCAAAUUGCGCAACUACUCCUUCCAGCGCUUGGAUGGUACCGUCCCCGCUAGCGAUAGGAAGAUCGCCAUUGACCACUUCAACGCACCCGGAAGUGAUGACUACUGCUUCUUACUAUCCACAAGGGCUGGUGGCCUCGGCAUCAAUCUGAUGACUGCAGAUACGGUCGUUAUCUUUGAUUCAGACUGGAACCCUCAAGCCGACUUGCAAGCCAUGGCACGAGCGCAUCGAAUUGGGCAGACAAAGCCGGUAAGCGUGUACCGCCUUGUGUCAAAGGACACGAUAGAGGAGGAGAUCCUAGAGCGCGCUCGCAAUAAGCGUAUGCUUGAGUUCAUCACUAUUCAGCGUGGUGUGACCGAUCGCCAGCAAAAAGAACUCAACGAUAAGAUGAGCCGCGCUGCGGCCGAGCCGAACUCUGCCGACGAUAUCAACAACAUCCUCAAGCGCCGUGGUCAAAAGAUGUUCGAGCAAUCUGGAAACCAGAAGAAGCUUGAGGAGCUCGAUAUCGACUCUGUGCUUGAAAAUGCCGAAGAACACAAGACGGAGCAGGCGGCAGGUCUCACUUCUGACGGUGGUGAAGAGUUUCUCAAGAACUUCGAGUACACAGACGUCAAGAUUGAUCUCGAGUGGGAUGACAUCAUUCCGAAAGAGGAGCUUAAUGCAGUCAAAGCAGACAUCCAGCUGCGAAAGGAGGAGGAGGAAACCCAGAAACUGCUUGAAGAGAGCGCACCGAGAAAGCGCAAGGCCGCUGCGGCAAGUGCACGAGAGCAACGAGCUGCAAAGAAGCGGGCUCUUGAGGCUACAAGAAUCGACGUUGAUGACGACGAGCCCUCUGAGGAUGAGGACGUCAAGCGCGAUCCAAAGCGUCCUCUCAACACAAAGGAAACUCGCAAUCUUGUACGUGCCUAUGAACGUUAUGGCUCACUCGAGGAUCGCGCCGACGAGAUGCUUCGCGCCGCAAGAUUGGUGGGUCGUGACCUCAAUAUUGUCAAGACUACCCUGGGCGACGUCAUCUCUGAAAGCCAAAAGCUCGUCAAGGCAGAGCAUACGCGACUGAAGAAUCUCGAGCUUGAAGCGAACCGCCCUCUCACGAAGAAGGACAAAAAAGCCGUCCUUUUCGACUUUGGUAUGGUAAAGAAGUUGAACGCCGAGACCAUCAUUGAUCGACCCAUCGAAAUGCGUCUCCUCAAAGAGGCCAUUGACGCUGUCGCUGAUUGGCACAACUUCCGCAUACCAGACGCAGUCAAACCCGCAAGCUACUCCUGUCCUUGGGGCGCGCGAGAGGAUGGCAUGCUCUGCAUCGGCAUCUUCCGUCACGGUUACGGAGCUUGGGUUCAGAUUCGUGACGACCAAGACCUUGGCCUGACUGACAAGUUCUUCCUUGAGGAGCACCGUGUCGACAAGAAAGAAGAACGCACCAAGACGGAGGAAAAGAACGCAAAGUCUCCUGGCGCGGUCCAUCUGGUUCGAAGAGCCAACUACCUACUGACCGUCCUCAAGGACAAGGCGGGCAUAGAUCCCAACGCUAAACGUCUCAUGGAGAACCAUCAUCGCAACAACAAGAAGCACCACUUGAACGUUGCCCGUCGGCCAGAGAAGGCAUCAAGCGUUUCUGCCAGUCCAGCGCCAUCUGGUCUGGUGCGCAAAGUCGCCUCACGAGAUUCGGAGAGGCCUGUGCAGCGUACACAUAGCAACAGUGAAAGCCGGCACGCGGAUAGCCGACCUGACAGCCGGCAGUACGAGAAGAGUUCGCACGACCGGCCACGACAUAGCGACCAAUACAGACCCUCGGAUACUCACCGCAAGGAGUACCGCAACGAGCGGGUUAGCAUUGAUCGGCGUCCUCAGCAUUCGGACCGGAACGGCACACCAGAAGUUCGACGCAAAGCUAGUGGAGAUAUGGAUAGAGCGCGCCCCAAGGACGACCGAUCACGUCUUUCGGAAGAACGCCCACGCUCGCAUAGCCAAAGUCACGGUGUCAAUCGCGGCGUGGAGACGCCCAAGCUGAAGGAGAAGAAGCCCGAGGACUUUGUCGAGCGACGGCUCCGACCUGUACGCGAUAAUCUUAGCCGGCUUAAAAAGGCGACACCGAAGAAUUAUCCGCAGAAAGAUGCCAUGGUCAAGGUGCUCAAGGUGGAGUUGAUUGCCAUUGGCAAUUUUAUCCGCGCAGAGACGCGCGAUAACGCAGAGCUCGAGGAGCGCCUGUGGGCAUUCACGGUCAAUAACUACUGGCCCCGUCAAAGUGUCACCGUCCCUGCAAUCAAAGGGAUGUACCAGAAGAUGCUGAGCUCGGAAAAGCCGGGCGCGGGCACGCCAUCGACCAACGGGCAAAAGAACGGUUCCUCGUGAAUUGUGUAGCACAAGUUUCAAUAUGGUCAAAAU